AUGGCGUUUUAUAUUAGGUACGGCUCUUGCAAGUACUUGGUGAUGACGUUCGAACCAGCAAUAUUUCAAGCUGAGAUGAAUCAGAUCCUAUGGCCGCUGCGGGCCGUUGUGGUGUACCUGGACGACAUUCUUAUCUACUUAUACAACAUGAAGAGGCACGUAGAGCGUCUAUGGAAAGUCGUCGAAAUCCUACACAAGAACAAAUUCUACGUGAUUCUGUCGAAUAGCGACAUUGCCCUGAAGAAGGUACAGUUUCUCGGGCCCUAA